AUGGCACACUUGUUACGGUCUGUGUUAUUUCUCUCACUAUUAUUGCUUAUUGGAACGACAACUGUUACUGUGUGGGGCCUUCCACGCAAGGAGGAAAUUUCACAUCUGUACUGUCAACCGCUCUCGGAAGCGACGCCGGGAACACCGAUGAUCGCCCGCUUCACAUCCACUAAUCUUUUAAGUGAACUUCAUGGCAAACGUGUUCGGUUUGUAAAGACACCGUGGCCAUCUAUUCUUGAUCGUGUGUAUUAUGUGAACACGGCGUGGGAUGGGCGUUGGUAUCUUCUUCACGAGGAUCCCGAACUGCAGCAGCCCGGCCGGCCAGCGGAGGGGGAACUUGAGCUUCACAGCCGUAAUGGACUCGUUGAGGGGAAUGGAGUGGCAAUUGUAGAGAUACUGGAUGCGGGGGAAUAG